UUGUCUUGUUCUUAUUCUUUUCAGGUUACAGCUGGAGUCCCCUUGCCCAAAGAAUACAUUGUAGAGAAUAUUCCACUUCUGGAGAAAGGUUGCAGUAACCUGCGGAAGCAAAUUCAAAAUGCCAGAAUUUUUGGUAUCCCAGUAGUGGUGGCAGUCAAUGCAUUCAAAUCAGACACAGAGGCAGAACUACAGCUGGUCAUCCGGUUGGCUAAGGAAGCUGGUGCGUUUGAUGCUGUCAAAUGCACUCACUGGGCUGAUGGGGGUAAAGGAGCUGUGGCAUUGGCAGAAGCGGUGCAGAGGGCAUCACAGGCCCCCAGCCAUUUCAGGUUCUUGUAUGACGUGGAGCUGCCGGUUACAGAGAAGAUCAGAAUUAUUGCACAGAAGAUCUAUGGGGCAGAUGACAUUGAACUGCUGCCAGAAGCUGAGAUGAAAAUUAUUCAAUAUACCAAACAGGGAUUUGGAAACUUGCCCAUCUGUAUGGCUAAAACCCAUUUGUCGCUGUCUCAUGACCCAGAGCGGAAAGGAGUGCCCACUGGAUUCAUCUUACCCAUCAGAGAUGUUCGAGCCAGUGUGGGUGCAGGAUUCCUGUAUCCCUUAGUAGGAACAAUGAGCACAAUGCCAGGACUUCCCACUAGGCCUUGUUUCUAUGACAUUGAUCUGGAUCCUGUGAGUGGAGAGGUACAUGGACUGUUCUAAGACAAACCAACAAUCAAAAAUAUUGGGGAAUCUCAUUUUGACAAAAGUGGAAUAAGAUCUCCAUGGUUUCCAGAAGUCUUUAGAAACAAUUUAAACUCUUAUGUUUUUUAAACAAAUCUUAAUACUGUAAUUUUAAAAGGUGAUCUGCUUUUUAGUUGUAGCAAAUGAAAGUCUAUAUUUUUAACACUGACACUUUUUAAAAGAGGUUCACAGCAUGGCCCUGUAUUAGUUAUUAAAAAAUGUAUGGUUUUAACUUUGGAUGCAACCUAAUUAAAUACAUUUUAAUUAUUAAUCAUGCAACUUUUAGUAAAUCUAUUACAUUUUACAUGAGUAAACAAUUAAGCAAAAAGCAUAUAUUUUUAGAUGUUACAUGAGUAUUGUAACAGGCACUGUCUUGGAAGAGGCACUCAGUCUGAAACAUAAGUGCAUCUGUUGUAUCUUGCCAUGUUUGGGUGAAAUCUAAACUUAAUCCUACUUUGAAUUCAUUCACUGAAAUCAGGUUUUCAAGGUUUUAAAGACAUUUUUGUUUAAAAAAUAUUUUGUUCUGUUUAAAAUCUGGUCAAUUGAUGAAAGGGACUUUUCUGGUCAAA